AUGGCCGUGUUCCAGACGGAGACCUGGCUACACCCUGAGGAGAUCUCUUCAGAUCUGGAGGAGGAGGUGUACUCUCGACUGAAGGAGAUCUUCCUCCUGCUGGACCCGAGCGGCUCCGGGGGCGUGGCGCGGGCGGAGCUGCGUCGGGCCCUGGAGGGGCCGUGCCCCCCCCAGGUCCGGGGCAGACCCCCAGACGGACCGGCCCCCCGGCCCCCCGGGCCCUGCCUCGGCCACGCCCGGGUCGGCGAGCUGCUGAACCUGCUGGACCCCGGACACACCGGCCUGGUUCACGGGGACCGCCUGGAGACGCUGAGGCCCGGCCGAGGGAGCCCUCGCCCGGACCUCAUCGGACAAGACCACUGUGGACCGGACCCCACUGGAACAGAGCCCACUGGAGGAGACCUCAUAGGACCAGACCUCACUAAACCAGACCGUAGUAGCCGACGCCAUGGUAGCCCAAUGGACCUCAAUGGACUAGCCCAAAGUAGCCUAGACCUCAUAGGUACAUACCUCGCUGGGCCAGACCCUACUGGGCCAGAUCUCCCUGGACCAGACCGCAACGGUCCAGAACCCCGUGGAGCAGACUUCACUGGAACACACCUCACUGGACUGGACCACUUCGGCCCAGACCAUAGUAGCCCGGACCACGGUAGCAUCGACCAUGGUAGCCCGGACCUCGUAGAAGCAGACCUCACUGGACCAGGCCAUGGUGGACCAGCCCCCAGCCCCCCGCAGUGCCCCACCUGGUCCCCGGGGGGCGCCGGAGUGCCGGGUCUCAUGGAGGUCGUGUUCAGGAGGGUGAGGGAGCGCCUUGAGCGACGCGGCACCACGCUAGCCGCGCGCAUCCAGGCCAUCGCCCACCCCUCCCUGGACGGGACCCUCAGCCAGAGGGACCUACGGAAGAUCCUGGAGGACAGCUGGGUGGUGCUGGAGGACGGUCACUUCCUCCAAGUCACCAGACUGCUGGGAUUCAGACACGGACGUCUGGACCAGAGUACACUACUGGACCGCUACCAAGAGUUCUCAGCCGGGGCCGUGAAACAAAAUGGCGAUGGUCGCCAUGGCGACGAACACAACAAACCCCACGCCCUCUCCGCCGAGGAGUGCCUGGCCUUCAUGAGGGCCAAGAUGGCCGACGACCGCGCGGACGGCGUGGCGGCGUUCAAGAUGAGGACGGCGGAUGGCGACGGUAUGGUGGACGCCGCUGACCUCAGAGACACGAUCCGCAGCCUCGGAUUGGUCGCAAGCGAGCCAGAGUUCCAGCGCCUGCUUCGUCUGAUUGGCCUGCAGCCCGGAGCCAAACUGCCCUGCGCACAUCUCCGCCAAACCCUCCAGAAGGGCGGGGCCAGGGGGAGGAGCCUGGGAACCAUGAACGUUCUAGACCAGAUCCAGGAACAGCUAGCCUCUGACCUGCGCUACAAGCGGGCCUUCAUGUUACAGGCACUGAGGGGUCCAGAGGAAGAAGACCGGGACCUGGUCUUCAAGAAGAGCCUGAGAAAACAGCUGUUCACCUAUGACCUCCCGCUCAGACCGGCCGAGUUUGAGCAGCUGUGGCUCAGGUUUGACCCGGAGGGGCGUGGCUGUGUGACACUAGUAGACUUCCUCAACAAGCUCGGAGUGAAGCAUGAUGGGAAAUCCAGCGUGAGCGUCCCGCCGGGUUCAGCUGACGAGGCCGGGCGAGGACGGGACCCGGACGUCCUGUCGGAAGCAGCGGAGCUCCUGGAAGCCAAGCUUCCUCUGGACACCGGCCACAGGAAGUCAGCCUACCAGGACUUCCUGUCGGCGCUCCAGCCGCAGGGAGUGGGAGAGGGGCGGAGCCCCACGGAGACCCCGCAACCGGCCUAUCGCGUGGAGACCCUGCACGGCCUGGCCCCGGAUCGGGCGUUGUCACGGUUACGGGAGCUUGUCCGGGACUCCGCCCCAGUGCUCCAUAAGGCCUUCUCGACCUUUGACCCCGGUCGCACGGGGCGGGUCAGUGGCGCGGAGCUCCGCAGGGUCCUAGAGAGCGUGUGCGCCCGGCUGUCGGACGGCCAGUACCGACAUAUGCUGGGGGAACUCGGCUUGAACUGGGAGCAGCAGACGGUGGACUGGAAACUCUUCCUGGCCCGCCUCCAGUCACCGUGCCAACUGGCCGCGCCGGAGACCAGCAGCCGACCAAUCCAAGAGGUCCUUGCGCAGAUCCAGGAAGCGGUUUCUGGGCACCUGUUUGACGUCACCAAGGCGAUGGUGGCGUUGGACCAAUCCGGCACCAACAGCCUCUCCAGAGAGGACUUCCAGCGUGUGUGUGGUCGCUACGUCACUCUCUCCCCCCGUCAGUUUGCGAGGCUGUGGCCGGAGCUCCCUCUGAGUGCGUCCGGGCGCCUGCGCUGCGGAGAGUUCCUGAGGCGCUUUGGCGCCGCCCACCCGGGGGGCCCCGGCCGUGUCCCAGCAUGCACCUCUCCGGCACCCGGAGAGAGAGCUGCAUCCACCAUGUCGAACGCCCGGCGCCCCCCGGACACCGCCCGAGUGACGCCACCGCGACCGCAGUCCGCUCCUGAGUUCCCCUCCAGGCUCUGGUCGCCCACGGGGAGCAGCGCGAGAGGAAGUCCUCCAGACGACAGGAAGUGGCGGCGGGACAUUCACACAAGCCCCGCCUCCUGCCGGGACUCGUCGAUGCAGCGUGGAGUCUCCCACCUGCCUGCCAAGUAUGACAUCACAGCCACCGGCUCCGCCCCCAAUCAGGAACUCGUCCGCCAGUUCCUGCUCAAACUCCGACCCCCGGGGGGCAACCGGGCCUUUCAGAGGAACAGACUGCCCCCCCCCACCAAGACGACCGGACGUCCCGCGGUGCUGACGGGUCAGUGUGUGGAGGUCCUGCUGAGGGUCGACCGCGCCGUACGGUUGUCAUGGCGCUCCAUCCGGCAGGCCUUCGCGACCUACGACCCCGGCCGCACGGGGCGCAUCUCCACACAGGACUUCAGGAAGGUGCUGCAGUGUUUUAGCGUGAGGCUGACGGAGGAGGACUUCUUCCAUCUCAGCUCCUACUUCGACGCCGGAGCUCUUGGCACCAUCAGCUACAACGACUUCCUGAGGGCCUACCUCCACUGA